AUGUCGGCACCUCCAGAACCCCCUCCCUCGUAUGCGGUAGCCACCGGCUCCUCCGCCACCACAUCAAAAACGCAGGCGUCGUCGCGUCUUGAAGUUCCGCAGUCUAAGAACGGCAUUCCAGCUGCAGCCAGAAGGUCAAUGGAGGAUCUACAGCGGCCUCUACCGGAGGGCUGGGUACGCUCCUACGAUGCCAAAGAGAACCAUCAAUUCUUUGUCGACACCAAAGCCGAUCCACCAAAAUCGUACUGGGAGCAUCCGCUCGAUAACCCCGAUGUCGUCAAAAGCCUGAGUUCGGAAGAGCGGGAAAGACUUCAAGAUGAAGAGGACCAGAUGAGAAAACGAGCCGCACACACCCCCGAGCCUCCCGAUGAGGACCACCACGAACACGCGCCGCUGCCGGAAUUACCGCCUCGACCGAACCAGGGCCAGUCCCACACGGCGACGAAGAAGAGCUUCGGUGAAAAACUGAAGGACAAAGUAACCGGAACCACCCACGACGAGCGUGUCAAGAACAGGGCCCAGCGAGAGCAGGAGGAGCGCGAAUAUUACGAGGCACACAUGCGACUUCGACAAGCCAUGCAAAGAGCGGAAUUGACCGGCCAGCCUCAAUUCUUCGCCAAAGACAGAGAUGGAAGAGACAUCUACAUCGAGCCCUCAAAUCCCGGCUAUGGCUACGGAAAUUAUGGCAACAGAGGAUACGGGGUGAACCCCUACGCCAGUGGACCAUACGCAAACCCCAACGCGAGGUUCAUCAGACCCGGUUAUCCGUACGGACGUCCGUAUGGUGGUUAUUAUGGUGGUGGUGCCGGUCUUCCAAUUGCUGGUGGUUUACUCGGCGGUCUACUUCUUGGAGGGCUUCUUUUCUAA